AAGGAAUGUCUUCCCUUUUCAUGAGACGGGUUGAUUUAUAUUACUGUGCAUAUAUUAUGUUGUGUAACGUGAAAGUUAGUGUAAGACAUCGGCAACAGAGGUGAAACAAUGCAAAGAACAAUUUCAGUCGCUUUUUUCUUCCUGUCCCUGAGUCUUGCCCAAGCUGGGAUUUUUGAUGAAAUUGCAGACCAAGCACUCAAGUUUGUGCCCAAGUAUGCGCCCAAGUUUAUCAAGAAUGUAGAGACAGGCACCUCUUCAGGCAAACCCGCAUUUUGCAAUGACCUGGACUGUCCACAAUAUACAGUAGUGAAGAAAGAAAAAGAUUAUGAAGUACGCAAGUAUGUCAAAACCACCUGGGUGAGCACCAGUAUGAAUGGCAUUAGCUAUGAUGAAUCCAUUUAUAAAAUGUUCAUGAAGCUCUUCAAUUAUAUCCAGGGAGAUAAUGUUGCAGAUGAGAAGAUUGCUAUGACUGCCCCAGUAAUAAACCGCCUGAUUCCCGGCCCAGGCCCAGCGUGUGAGAAUAACUUCACCAUGUCGUUCUUCAUGUCACCUAAAAUCAAGGACCCACCUAAGCCUAAAAAGAAGGAUGUUUUCCUCAGUACUUUGCCAGAACUGACUGCCUAUGUCAGUUCAUUUGGAGGAUUUGCCACAGAGACAGAUGACAUUCAAAAAGCAGCAAAGUUGGCUCAGAUAUUAAAGGAUGCUGGAGUUUCCUUCUACGAAGACUUCUACUACACUGCAGGUUAUGACAGCCCUUUUAAACUUCUUAACCGCCACAAUGAGGUGUGGUUUAUUGGAAAGUAAUAUUAUAACAUGCCAGUGCUGUAGGUUGGGUUGAGGAAAAAAAGAUGGAGGGGGGGGGGGGGGGGCAGCUGAGAUGCUGAUGCUUUAAAUCCACUAUAGAAGUAGGCUAUUGCAGGCCAAACACUGACCAGUCUGAAAGAAAUUUAGGGACUUCUGAUGGACCUUGAGAAAAGAAAAAGCGAACAUUUCAUGAAGAUAAAAUUUUCAAGCUUUUUAUAUUUAUGAAGGAAUAACCCCCCCAUCCCCAGCAGCCUGCAGCCCUGGGUGUGUGAACAGAGAUAGGGGUAGGGGGAAAAGAAUGGCCUCUCCCCUUCUAUUCAAUUAACCAGUGCUUAUUGUAUGCUGAGCCAAAGUUACAUCUCAUUUAGAAGAUCUUUCAGAAAUCUGCUGUCUUUCUCUUUACACUUAAAACUCUCUUGCUGCUUUUUGUAGUGUUAAUAUGAACUAUGCUGCCUUAAAGAGAGUUGUCUAUAAUAGAUAAAAUUACAUCAUGAAACAUUUUAAGAUACAGUGUUGCAGAACAUCAGAUUUGUAUUGAAGACUGCAGGGUAGUCUGGACACUCUUUGAUAUAUUUUUAUAUGUGAACCUUCAUUACAGGUAUAGAAUAGAAAGCAUGGAUACUUGGAUAUUAACAAGGUUGUGAUGCAUUCAUUCCAAUUUAUGUUCUUUUUAUAUCUUAAUUUGAACUAAUAUUGCUACUCUAUUGGGGGGGAUUUUCUAUUAUUUACAUGUUUUAUUUUACAAAUUUAUAAAAGAAGAAUUUCUCUGUUAUCUGCCAUCAAAAUAGAAAUGUCAUGUGGCAAGCAUAAGAACAUGUCUCUUUCUUGAUGUCACACUGCAGGUCGCUUAAGUGCACAAUCUGAAUUUUGAUUUUUAAGUUUUUAAUCAUUUUUUAUUAAUACCUUAUUUUGGUUGGGGGGUAUAGUAGGGUGAUAUCUCUAACAUGAUGGGCCAGUGACUAAAGUUUGAGAGACGUAGCGCCACAAGUUUUAAUUCGGAAGGGCAUGCAGUGAUGUGAAGCAAUACAUUGAUGAUACUUCUAGUAAAAGCAGCAUUGUCUCUAUGCAACUGCUACGUGAUGUCGAUAUACAUCGAACUCUUGUGUUUAAGACUUGUGCAAUGUUCCAUACGAUGUGAUAACGUCAUGGGAUUGCUUAACAAAAUUUUGUGAAUUAUUUUUGUAGCAUUAUGGCACAUUUUGAAUUUACGUAUUCUCUGUUAGAAAGGAGACGUACUCGGAUCUUUAUAUGUAUAUAUUAUGCUGUCUUCGUUUAAAUAAAAGGAAUAAUCUAGUUA